UUAGUCGAAGCGCAGUUAGUCGUGGGUAAGAGGUUUGCGCUAACAGAAAAGAAAAAGACGUUAUGUCUCAACUUUAAAUUAUCGUAAGUCAUAACAGUGAUGUGAAUUAAUUAGUAAAGUUAAUUAAAUGAAUUCUCAGGAAUAUCCGAAAAAUUGUGAUUUUUUGUUAAUUUUGAAUGUGAAUACAUUAGUGAUAAAAAAGUGUCAAAAAGUGGAAUGGGGUUUACCGUUUAGGAUUCAUUCAUAAAAGAAAAGUUUAUAUAUCUACAUGCCCUUAAUUUAUGCACUGGAGCAAAAUGCAUACCAUAUCAAGCUAUUAUUUAAAACUGCUGUCUGUGGCUUGCCUGACAGAACUAUGGCUGGGAUUAGAAAAUACUUUCGUCCAAAGUCAAAAGGUAGAAAUGCCACUGGGAAGUGGAACCAGAUUGACCCUUACACCAAAUGAAAGAACAGUCAAAAAGUUCAGUGGAGAUACCUAUGUCAUUUCUUGCAUUAACGGAGCGUCCGAUACGCAAUGGUUCGCUCCAAACGGGGCGAAAAUAAAUGACACCAAAAUUAGCCGAGUAAGACAACAACUUAGAAGAGGCGGGGGUGGCAUCGACCUUUUUCUACAAAGGGUCACUUUAGAAGAAUCUGGGCAUUACACUUGUCGCUCUAAAGCUACUAAUGUCACGUUCAAUUUCGUGGUGAUAAAGCCAAUUACAUUCGACACAAGCCUGGCUCAUCAGACUGCACUGGAACAAACUAGCUUCAUGAUAAAAUGCACUGCAACGGGUCAGUCUAGUACGCCCAAGUUGUAUUGGAAAGUUGAUGGAAAAAGUCCACAAGGACCCAAGUUCAAAGUGGUAAAGGAUGGUCUCGUCGUGACAAAUGUGACGAAAUCGGACGCAAAACGAUCCUACGUUUGUCAUGCAAUGGACAUUGACUCUCCGAUGCCGGAUGUUAAAUCACUAAACAUUAUGUUGCAUGUUGCUCGUAAACCAAUGGAAAUUGCAGACAAGAGCACAACUUCCGAGAAAUGGAGUGUCAUCGGCGAUUGGGCAAAUUUCACUUGCAAGAUAGAUUCAGACCCUAUUCCAAGCUUUGAAUGGUUUGGUCCAUCAAGUCAGCGUCUAGUUUUUAAUGAUGAGAUUUCCAUUAUCAACGAUAUUCUGAACGGAUCAUUUUACUCGUCCACACUUCAAGUGAGGUUGAGCAGGGAAUCUCAAUUCGGAAACUAUGUUUGUCGGGGAGGUAACGAUAUCGGAGCUGUCGAACGAACCUUCACCCUUCGAAAAAGUGUCAAACCUUCAACCCCGUUCCUGGAACUGGAGAGGGUAGCCCCACAGCAUGCAAGAAUAAGGGUUAUGAAAUACAAGCCUCUUCCAGGAGAGGAUUCUAUUCUCGUGAGUAAUAAGAGUGUCCAUGAACUACCACUUUUGGAUUAUCAGGUUGAAACUAAAUUAGCACAAGAUAGCGUUUUUUAUUCUGCAAAACACGAACCUUACGAACAAGGAUUUAUUUUGCUGCAAUUACUGCCAGGAACUACAUAUCAUGUAAGGGCAGCCCUAAAAAACGCUUUGGGAUCUGGACAUUUUAGUCCACCAAUACAAAUUACGACAACUGAAACUUCGUCAAGUACCACGUCACCCCCAAUUCCGGAUGAACCACAACGAAUUAAUCGUCGCCCAAAAACUCCAAAACCAACCCUAUGCCCACCAUCAUUGUUUCAAUGCACGAGUGGGGAGUGUUUAUCGUAUGCAGCAAAGUGCAAUUCUAUCGUAGAAUGUCAAGAUGCUAGUGAUGAGGAACCUGAAAUGUGUCGUAUCGCAUUAUCCACUUCAAGUUAUCCAAGCAAUAUUAUCGAUGCUACGGAACCAGCCCCUGCCGCAUCAAGAUCAGUUUCAUCCCAAACAUUGCCCAAAUCACCCUUAUACACUAUCCCAUCGCGACGUCUCUUUUAUAUCAAUGGGCCAAAUUCGCUCAGCUCCAGCAACCUUAGUAGCAAACUAUCAAUUCCACCAAAAACACUGCCACCCCCACCCCCACAAAAAACGGUUGUUGCUACUUCUCCUGCCCCACCUUCGAUUUCAUUGUCAUCCGACGAAGAUGAGCAAGAGGGAGAAGUGUCUUCCGCUUCAACAGAGUCGUUGGGAAUCGGUCCGAACAAUCCUCCAACUUCCCCAAAUAUUACAACGACUAACGAAACGUCGGUUCAAGUCACAAAAAAUUCGGAUAAUACCACCACGAAAAGGACCACAAAUACUUUGACCACUAUAACAAAAAUGGUAGGUGUGGGGGAUCGAGGGUCAAAAGUUGUCAACACCAAGACGGAAAUUGUCAUUACAGAAAUAAUUGAAAUUAACGAGCUUUAAUGAGUAAAUGAAUAAAAAUAUCCUACCUUUAAGCUUA